GCAGCGUAGCGUGAGAAAAGAAGACACUAUUGCUUUGGGCCCAAUUACCUGACCCUAAUCCUUCCCUCUCUCUUUCUUCCAUUCCUAACAGAAAUUUCUUUUCCUCUUUCUAUUGCCUUCUUCUCUUCUUCCCCAUUUUCAUUAUCAUUCCCAUUUUCCGCCUUUCUUUCUACUUCUCUUUCUUCCUCCUUUAAUCCUUCUCCGCUCUUCUUAUUGCUUCCUGAUUCUUCUCCGCCGCGUCUCCACGUUUUCCGCCGAUUUUCCGGUGUGAAUAGGCAGAGAAGAAGUUAGAGAAUUUGAAGGAAUUGCGCAUCUUGUUUCUUUUGAAGCUGUGGCAUGCUGUAACCCAAGAUUGAAACAAGCGAUCAUGUCACUAAAGAGCCAGGCCGGGGAACUACUUAAGUAUCUUGUACUAUCAGAUCCUGUUGUACCAUAUAUUUCCAUUCCCGCAGGCGUACUUGCUAGCAAAUUGGUCUAUGAUCUUACUGAUAUGAUAAGCAGUGUUUACUUCAAGAGCUAUUCAAAUCUUUCUAGGAUUCAGCGGGUGGAGUGGAACAACCGGGCAAUGUCAACUGUCCAUGCCAUUUUCAUCACAGCAGCAGCAUUAUACAUGGUGUUUUUAUCAGAUCUCUAUUCUGACCAAUAUUUUGGCCCUAUUACCUUUCGUAAUUCAACAAUAUCUACAUUUGGCCUGGGAGUGUCUGUCGGUUACUUCAUAACCGAUCUCGUGAUGAUCCUUUGGUUUUACCCUGCAAUUGGUGGAAUGGAGUAUGUGAUACACCAUCUUCUUUCUCUCUUAGCUGUGGCCUAUGCCAUGUUGACUGGUGAGGGGCAGCUUUACACCUACAUGGUUCUCAUCUCUGAGACAACUACCCCUGGGAUCAAUUUGAGAUGGUACCUUGAUACAGCUGGAAUGAAGAAGUCAAAAGCAUACCUCAUAAAUGGAAUUGUUAUAUUCUUCGCGUGGCUGGUUGCGAGAAUUCUGUUGUUCAUGUACAUGUUUUACCAUGUCUACUUACACUUGAAUCAGGUUUUGCAGAUGCACGUUUUUGGGCAAUUUUUGGUGUUCGUGGUUCCAUCGAUAUUAUGGAUCAUGAACUUGACGUGGUUCUCUAAAAUAUUUAGAGGAUUGAAAAAGACAUUGGCAAAGAGGCAAUGAAAACCCAAAUAGUCUAUACAUACUAUUUGGAGCCAACCAGCAUUGUGAUGAGUGACAUAAAAGGGAAGGUAGUUCAAAUUAUUAAAAGCUUCUCUUCUCUGCUUCCCCUCCCCCCUCCCCCCACUUUGUACAUCUCCAACUUUCAUAAUUUGUACAAUUUCAUGUUAAAAUUAAGUACAUAGAUAGCCAUUUCUACUAGGAAAAAAAGAAAAGAAAAAAAAAGAAAAGAGAAGAAUUAGCAUAAUUUUAAUGUCAUUAUGAUUGUUUAUUGUAGAUUAUAGGAAAAGGAUUUCUUCUUCUUCUUUUUCUUUUUUCACUCCUUAAUUUCAUGCCUUGCUUUUGUUGAUAA